GCGGGGCCGCCAUGGCGAGACCGGCACCGGCACCGGGACCCGGCCUGAGGCACGGCCGCUCUGCCCAGCGCCUGCAGCGGCGGGGACCGGCGGGGGAUUGCGUCUCAGGAGCAUUGCACACCAAAUACAAAAGUGGAAGCUCCCUAUUUUACAAAGGUGACACUGGCAGCUCACUGGAAAAUACAGCUAUUUCUUUGUCAAAUUGUUCUUUAGAGUCAGAAUUUACUGAAACUGGAAGAGAGAACAACAUCAGAUCCAGUGAAUUCCAAAAAAGUUUGAAAGACUGGGGUUGUUUUCAUGAUAAGCAAGAUUCUUUUUGUGAUUCAAGUGAUCUAGAAGUAGAAGAAAAGGCCAUUGAUURCUCUGAAACUGAUGCAAUUCAAAAUACAGCUAUACACAUGGGAACAGGCCACACUUUACCAUCUCAUUUGGAUGCAAAUACUSAAGAAAAAAGGGAACAAAUUAUUAACAAUGGUUUCUUAAAGAAAAUUGUGCAUGAUACUGGUGCUCAGGCAUGCAAUAGRCAAGGUUUAAUGCCACCUCACAUCAGUCAAAUUUAUGAUGAAUUAUUUGUCAUACAUCAGAAGCUCCAGAGAGAAAGUUCAGCACAGCAGGAGUAUGCUCUGCAACUCCAGAAACRAGAGCGUUGUCUAACAGAACGAGAAGCAUUGCUUUUUAAACAUGAAGCAGCUUUGGCUAAAAUAAGAAGUGUUGAGGAAGAAGUUCACACAAAAUUUGGAGUUAUAAAAGAGCAACAUGAGGCAGAARUUAAGCAACUGACAGAAGCCUUGAGAGAAAUAACUAAAGAAAAUAGGAGGCUGAAGAUGUCAUUUGACAGCUUGAAGGAAAUUAAUAGCUCCUUAAGAAAACAGAUAAGUGAUGUAACUGAGUUGAACAAGAAGUUGGAAKGUCAAGCACGAAAAGUACAAGCUCGUUUAGAGAAUCUGCAAAGGAAGCAUGAAUUUUCAGUGGUACGGAAGUCUGACGAUUUAUGUCAAGUGAUGAAACAAAGAAAACCCGUGAAACAGGAAAAAGUGGUGGCAACAUCGAAAACUKCUAAGCUACCAUUGAAUUCACAAGUUUAUGAACUCUUAACCUGUCUUAUGGAUUGGAUCUCAGACCAGUAUCUUAGCAAAAUAAAAACACAAGAAGAAAGAGAGGACACUCAUAAACCUAUGAUUACCCAGAGCUCAAAAAACUCAUGUACUCUGGAAAGGUGUAUGAAGCUUUUGCCUAUGGCUACUGAACAGCUCCAGUGGAUGCCAUAUGUGAAUCCCAAACUGCACAUGCCUGUGAUUAAAUUUAUUUACUGGUCUCUAAGACAGUUAGACACUGAUAUACAGCAGGCAACAGUGAGAUCAACCAUGAGGAGACUUGGCGAAGAUAUUUUCAAAGGCAUAGUGAGUAAGGGAAACCCACACAGUUCUUCUGAACAGUCUGCRGAGAGUAAAUCAAAGUCAGCAGCUUUCUUUCGGAGUUCCUGUAUGCCUGUGAGGUUUCUGUCAACUUUAAUUGUGCUUAAAACUGUGACACAAGUGGAUUACCUGGCUCAGGCAUUUGAUUCCCUUCGUGUAGACUUGAAGACGAAUGAAGGGAAGGCCUUAUUUUUGGAAUACCAAUGUGUGCCUGUUGUAUUAAGUCACCURAAAGUAUCCAGUAGAGGUCUGCUUUCCAGUGCUUUUGAUGCAUUACUUCAGAUGACCAUGGAAUCUGGUUCCUUACAACCUUUCCUGGAAGCCUGCAGUAGUGAAUCCUUCUUCCAGACCUGCUCAGUAUUGCUUCGAAGUUCUAAGCUAGAUAUUCCAGUUUUGGAAAAACUAAGUGUUAUACUGCAAAAGCUCUCCAGAAUAAAAAGCAACAAGAAGAUGUUUGAAUUGUUUGCUCUUCACCAAAUGAUCCAAGAAUUGCAUAGAACUAUAAAUCCAGAUCACGCUUUUCUSUGUAUAAACCUCAAUUCAAUUCUGCUGAAUUUAGGAUUGUUGAGGAGUAGCUCUCUUGCCUCCAGUCUAAGCACAAGUCACUAGCACUAUCUUCCAAUCUAAUUAUUGUUCUGUAUAAUUUAUACYGACUGCCUAUGUUACUUGAAAUUUGGAUUUUUUUUUUUUUUUACAGAUUUGUAUAAAUAAAUACCGCAGCACCUCAGUACUGUGUAAUUGUAUGGGUUCUUGUUGGUAUUUCACUCAUUCAUAAAAAGGAAAAUUAAAAACUUUGUCAUAUGCUAGAUGGCUUUCUUCAAUGCUUUUUAAAGAAGUGAAGUAAUGCUGCUACUGUGAAUGACUCAUGCAAUCUAAGCAAUUGAAUCCUUAGAAUAAGCAGAUCAGAAAUACCWACCUUUCCUUACAGGUAUGAAUCUUAGUUACUUUUGACUCUUCAGAGAGUUUUAUAGAUUCAUUUAUUUGUGUUAUGGCUGAUAAGUAUCAGACAGAUACCUUAUCAAAUUAUCUUUUGAUCAUCUUACAGUUUUAAUGAUUAAAACCAGAUUUUGUUUUAACAUAAUUAGAUGUAUUGUCUGAGAAAUUUUGUUGUUUUGAUUUCAGAAUCUUUUUAUGUUUGUUUGAUCUUUUCCUGUAUUUAAGUAACAUUUAGUAUUUUAUCCUGCUUUGUGUGGUGCAACUUUGGAUGGUAAUAUCUCUGCAGAUGUUAAUAAAAGCAUUUCUUACAAUGUCUGGCUAUAAUAAUCCCUAACAGAAAUUAUUGUAUUUUAUUGUUUCUGCUGUAUUUUGUAUUAAUUUGCAAUACAAUUCACAUUUCUUUUCURAGUCUGAAUAUGUUUUCUGUCUGCCAUAGUUCAGUGUUUAGGAAUUCUUACCAUUGGAAAUAAGAUACUUCUGAAAAUUGAAAUUAUCCGUCAAUUGCUGAUUUGUGCUAUAAUUACUGAAAACCUGUAUUUGUAAAAUUGAAAAUGCCGUUAAAGCUCAAAGAUCUGCUGUAUUUCACUCUCUGACUAACACUGACAUCAAUAUAAAACUUCAGAGAGGUUUUAUUUCUCAUUUUCAUACCUUCUCUUG